AUGCUUUUACCGAGGAGACCCCUGUUAUCUGACAUUACCCUCAGCUGCCUCACUCUUUUACUAUGCUUACGGGUAAAGGUAUGUUCACUUUUUUUUAUUUAAAAGAAAAAAAAAAAAGUCACUUCUGGAUCAUAAGAACAAAACACAAAAAAUGUCCUUUUUUAAAGGUUUUUUUUUUUUUUUAAACAUUUUUUUUUCUUCUUAACAUCAGGAUUGGCUGCCUCUCCUUAAUGUUUCUUCUUUUUUAAAGGUUUUUUUUUAAUAACCUAAAGCUUCACAUGGAGGAUAAUCCCCGAUCUGUACAGUGCAUCGUUCUUAUAGAAUAGUUUGGGAUUAGUUUUACCCCACCAUGUGCCUUUAAACAGAAUGCAUUCUUUUUUUUAAAUGCAUGUCCCUUUAAGUGAUUUUUGCAAUCAAUUCAAUGGAAAGAAAGUCAUUUUUUAAAACCUAUUUUUUAUUUUUUUAAGUCUGCAUUAAAACACAAUGUUUCUUUGACUGUGAUUUUUGUGCAGCCAGUACAAUGGAAGAAAAUCCUAAUUUUUUUUUUUUUUAAUUCAGCAUUGAAACACAAUGCAUUAUAUCUAUAUAUUUUUGUAUUUAUUUUUUAUUUUUGUCCCAGAUAUCUGAUGCAUUCUCGCUUUUUUCUGCUAUUUGUAACAGGUGUCUAUAGCAUCAGGGCAGUUCGAAUUGGAAAUCUUAUCAAUGCAGAAUCCCAAUGGAGAGGUGCAGAAUGGCAAUUGCUGCGAUGGAAUCCGAAAUCCCAGCGACAGAAAGUGCACCAGGGACCAGUGUGACACUUUCUUUAAAGUUUGCCUAAAGGAGUAUCAGUCCAGGGUGACCGCAGGAGGGCCCUGCAGCUUCGGCUCCGGAUCUACCCCUGUCAUAGGGGGCAAUUCCUUUACCCUAAAAUAUAGCCAGAAUAAUGAGAAGAACAGGAUUGUGCUGCCUUUCAGUUUUGCUUGGCCGGUGAGUCAGUGGAUUAUUGUGAUUUCAGCAUUUGCUGGGUUUUUUUUUUCCAUCCUUGACCAGUCAUGCAUGUGUUUUUGUAUAUAUGUUUUUGGGUUGCACUGAGUAAACAUGCAGUGCUAGGCUCCUUAACCCCUUCCCCUCCAAAUGGACUUGUGCCAUUCCCUAAGUGGUGGUCCAAGGACCAUAGUGCACAAUAAGUUGGGAGGGGGUGAUUGAUUAAGAAGAUCAGUCUCAUUACUUGCAGAUAUAAUACAAGUUUUUAGUUUAUUUUUUUUAUUUAUGUUUUUUUACUCUGAAAUGAGUUAAGGAGUUUGCUGGCACUCAGGUGGUUAAAAAUGAGUAACAUGAUUGGGUUAAUGUCUUGUCUGUGCGUGAUGGCAGUUGUAGCUCUGUAACAUGGAACGUUUAUGCAGUGCAUUGGGUAGAUCCAGAUUUGGCUGAGGGAGUGGAUGGGGGGGAGGCUGUGAUUUCCAGGAGUGGACUCAGGAGACAGGGAGGAGUGUUGGGAACUAUGAGUACAAUCUCAGUUGCAUGCUGUGGGUUAUUACAUGGCUAGCUGUUUGUUUGUAUGGAAAUAGGGCUGAUAUGGACAGAACUUGUCUAGUUUUAGUUGGGAGAUGCCUAUCUACCCCUGUGUGGAGGUAUUAAGGGGUUAGAAGGUCGCUGUACAUGGUGGCUGGGUAGAAAUGACAAGCAGAGAGUGGAUUAAUCUCAUCUAAACCUCUCUAGCAAUGUCCUGUUGGUCUCUUUUAAUUCCCUCCCCCAUCUCCUGAGUUUUUCUAUGCUUGCUGCUAUGUGAAGGUUGUUUUGUUGGAGAGCAUUGUGUGUGUGUGUGUGUGUGUUUCUCCUGUUUUUUUUGAGAAACUUACUGCUUUAGUGUUGGAAUGUUGGAGAAUCUCACAUUUCCAUCCCAGCUGCAUUUGAUGUUCCUAAUAGUUUUUAGUUAAUCAGGCUCAAGUCCAUUCAGCUAUGUAUGUAGGUAAUAUGGGGGGAUGCAUGCCUUUAACUUUGUUAUAUGAAACUAUGGAUCACAUUGGCUAACAGGAAGCUAAUCUCACACCCUCCCCUUGUUGUGGAAACCAUAAAAAAAAAUGAAGCUAGCAGGGUGGCAUUAAUCCCUCGCUGCCCAUGUGUUUUUGCAUGUAUAAAUUUGCAAUCUUCUUGCAUGCCUUUUAAAGGCAGCGCUGGCAUGGCUCCAGUGGGGUUUGCAGUGUAUCACUGUGCCCAGGGAUUGCUGUCUGUGCCCUCCCUGUUCCAGUGAUUACCCUGCCCUGCCCCUCCAGCCAUGUCCUACGAUCCCAGCCAGGUGUUGCAGAGGUGGGUGUGCUGACUGUGGUUCAAGGAGUGGCACUUCUAGUAAUCACUUUAUUUAUUUAUUUAUUUUUUUCCCUAUGUUGCUAUGAAGAAAUUAACCCCUAAAAAGGGCUAUGAUCUUUGUAUUCUCCGUAGUCCUUGCCAGACUGCACUUAAUCAGUACAUGGACUAUAAAUUAGCAAAGCGCUUAAGUUGGCCGACUUUUGUCUAGAUAUUUAACCCACGUAUCUGUUCCUGCAUGAGGUUUAACUGGGAUAUAUAUUAUAUAUUCCAGCUAAUAAUAUAACAAUAUACAGCCCGGUGAUAAAUUUGAGUAAUUAUGCAAUGCUGAAUACGUGGUUUUAUAAGAGGAUCUCACUUUCGUUGCAACUUUUUUUAAAUUUAUUUUUCUGUGAGUGGCGAAGAGAAAAUGCAUCUUUACAUUUAUUUAUUUUUUAAAGGCCCCAACGCAGUGGUUGGCAACCUUUAGCACUUAAGAUGUUUUGGACUCCCCCCUCAAAUUAAAAUCUAUAUUAGUGCUGUUAUUGGCAGAUAGGAAGGAAUGGGAUGCUUUCUUAGUUAAAUUAUUUAUUUUAUGUAAAAGUACUUUUAUUUCAUGUAUUGUAUUCAGUUCCCCCAUCCCCCUAUGACUGCCUAGCCCUCCUCCCUGUGUGGGCAUCCUAGGCUUAACCUUGAGGAAGCCUAAUUGGCUCAAAGGCCCCUUCUCUCCUCUCUCCCAGUGGUAUGUGUGUUCAGGCUCUUAGCCUUGUAGAUACCCACAGGGCCAGUGUUUGUUUUAUUUCUUGGGCCACCCUUGUUGUAACAGGCUGCUUUUUUUUUUCUCAAACAAGUCUAAUGUCCCGGCCCAAGCUACACUGUCUGUCCGUGGUGUGCGUACAACGUUCUGAUUUGCAAAGCCAUCAUAUACGGCAUAGUGUAUGAAAAUGCAUGAGCUGGGAAUUUUUAACUUUUUUUAUUUUUAAUGAGCAUACUUUUGUAAUCCCUACUGCCGUGACAGCCUGGGUUCCUGAACUGCAUAUCUGGCUGUAUUCCUCCUGAGACCAGAUACUGGCACAAUGGUUUGGUUCACACAAGUUACCUCUGUUGGGAGAAAGAGCCAGGUUUUGCUCGUAGUGAGAUAAAACUGUUAUCAAAUAUACCAUCAAAGGGAUAAAAGGUUUUUAUAAAAAUCUGUGGUAUUUGAAGUGCUGCCAACCAGUGUGGACCUCUAUUGUUGUGGCAUUUGACUUUUUUUUCUUUUCUUUUUUUUUUUUGCUCAGUCUUUUGAAGGACAGACCCAUUCGGAUGUUUGCCUACCAACUUGAGGAAAUAGAACUCAGGUGUUUGAUCCUGAACACACUUAUAAUUCACCGUUAUGGAUUUGUAAAGUGCUUAUUUUUUUAUUUUUUUUCACUGGUCUGUCAUUUGCCAAGAAGCAUGUUAAAGGCAGUGUAGACACCAACGUGAUAUCAGAAAUACAGUGCUUGUAUUGGUUUUAAAUUUUUUUUUUUAUUUAAUUUUUUUUCUUUAGACAGGACAAUGCAGGGACGGUUUCUGUCCCUUUUAGAUUACUAUAUUAUCAAAAAUAAUAAUAGAGAGAUGUUGCUUUGUCUUAAGUGCAAAAGAUAUUUUCAUUUAGCUGAGCAAUGUGUGUAAUGCUUUGCCAUUAAAUAUUUUGUAGGAAUUGGCAUUCAAAUAUUGUGUGUGUUAGUUUUUUUUGGGGGGGGGGGUUGUGUCUUACAAGUUGUGUUCAUGGAUGGGGUAACCGUCUUCUGUUGUAUAGGGUUGAGUAAUUGGUCUGGGGAUUGGGGGAGAGAGGGGUGACUAUAAAUAAAUUAAAGUCAUUGGCUAAAAAAAGUUGCUAGGAUACAGGUCUGUACGCCUGCGUAUUGCAUAAAGCGUGCACCUGCAAAAUAAAGCAGUCUUGUUAGUGCCUUCUAUGAAAUCCUCGUGGUGUUGGCCAAUUCUAGCAUGUGCCAAAAGUUUGUUUGAGAAAGUUAAGAGAGGGAAGAAAAAAUAAAUAAAUUAAUUGCAACAUGUCUCUUUAACAUGCUUGGCACAUCUAUUUGACUUUGAGAUAGGAUUGCUUUAAUUAAUAAUUGUCCCUUUUGAUCAUCUUAAUUUGUGUGAGCUACAAGUGACUGAGGGUUUCAUGCCUAGUUUGAAGGCCGAGUAUAUAUCCUGUUGUUGAAUUUGGUUUAUGCAAAAGUAAAGAUUCAUUUAAAAAAACAAACAUAAUUUCUUUGUCUCAGGGGGGUUUACUGUUUAAUGGGCACAGUAUUCAGCCAUGGCUCUAACAACUCUUACACAUAUCCCAUAAUUGUUGCAACCAGUAUUGUACCCCGCAAUUGUAAUUUUUCAAGCAUAAAAUAAAACGCUUAAAGUGGUAUAUCUGCCAUAUAUAGAGUGAGUUUCAGUAUACGGUAGUUAUAGUCAUCGUAUUAAUGGUUUUUAAUGUAUCUUUUUAAGUGACGUUUUGAGAAUAGAUUAUCCAAUCGAGGGGUAGGCAAACUUUUGGUAGUGCCGGUCUAAUACUUUGAAUUCCUUGGGAUUGAGAGUCCUACUUAUUUAAAUUGAACAGACACUUUGUGCACCAAAAUUGCUAUAAAAAAAAAAGUCUCUCCCCCCACCGCUAGUGGAAGUUCAGAAUGACUGCCCCUAGAGGCGAUUCCUCCUCAAAAAAACUUUAUUUUUAAAAUAAUUUCUGAAAGUCUUAAUUUUUGUUGUCAUCACAUGGCGUCUAAUUAGAUACGUUUUUUUUGUUUGUUUGUUUUUAUAGCUUUUUUUUUUUUUAACUUUCAGGGCCUACAUCUAAACAAAAAAAGUAACACUUGCUUGGUAAAUACAUUAUUUUUACCGUUCCUUUUCAUUAACAAGGAAUGACUGGUUAAGAAAAUGAAUACUCAUUAGGAGGAGGGCGAAGGUGCGACAAGAUAAAUAUAAGCCUGGUUUGGGCAGGCAGCUUCGCAGUAGAAUCUUUAGUCACUUUACCAGAAUGCGAGGGACUCCAUGUCACCCCAGAGGUAGAAUUACUUCAAGGAGUUUGAACUAUAUCUGAGUAUGGUUACAUACCUGUCUGAUUGCAACAGAACUUCAUAAUGCAAUCUUCUGUGUCUCUCCUGUCUCUGUCCCCCUUCACACACACCUCUCCUACUAUCCCCCAUGUACACACACACGUUUAUCUCCUACUAUGCUACACACACUUGUCUGUCUCUCCUACUAUCUUACACACAGAAUAGAAUAACAGAGGAGCAAGUGUCUCUCUAUUCCCCUACUCUCGCACAUACGUGUCUCUCCUAUCCUACACAAAGAAUAUAGUGAUAACAGAGGAGAGUGUCUCUCUAUUCCCCUACACUCUCUCUCACACUUCUGUCUCUCCUACUAUCCUCCACACACACACACACACACACACACAAUAGGUUGAUAAGAGGAGAGAGUGUCUCUCUAUUCCCCCUACUCUGUCUUUCCUACUAUCACACACACACACACACACACACACAAUAGGUUGAUAAGAGGAGAGAGUGUCUCUCUAUUCCCCCUACUCUCUCUUUCCUACUAUCACACACACACACACACACACACACACACACACAACACAAUAGGUUGGUAGGGAGAGUGUCUCUCUAUUCCCCCUACUCUCUUUCCUACUAUCACACACACACACACACACACACAAUAGGUUGAUAGAGAGAGUGUCUCUCUAUUCCCCUACUCUCUCUCCUACUAUCCUACACACACACACACACACACACACACAAUAGGUUGAUAAGAGGAGAGAGUGUCUCUCUAUUCCCCCUACUCUGUCUUUCCUACUAUCACACACACACACACACACACACACAAUAGGUUGAUAAGAGGAGAGAGUGUCUCUCUAUUCCCCCUACUCUCUCUCACACACACUUGUGACGCUCUUCCACUAUCCUACACACAGAAUAGAAUAACAGAGGAGAGUGUUUCUCUAUUCCCCCUACUCUCUCUCACACACACUUGUGACUCUCUUCCACUAUCCUACACACAGAAUAGAAUAACAGAGGAGAGUUUCUCUAUUCCCCUACUCUCUCUCACUUGUGAUCCUACACACAGAAUAGAAUAACAGAGGAGAGUGUUUCUCUAUUCCCCCUACUCUCUCUCACACACACUUGUGACUCUCUUCCACUAUCCUACACACAGAAUAGAAUAACAGAGGAGAGUUUCUCUAUUCCCCUACUCUCUCUCACACACACUUGUGACGCUCUUCCACUAUCCUACACACAGAAUAGAAUAACAGAGGAGAGUGUUUCUCUAUUCCCCCUACUCUCUCUCACACACACUUGUGACUCUCUUCCACUAUCCUACACACAGAAUAGAAUAACAGAGGAGAGUUUCUCUAUUCCCCCUACUCUCUCUCACACACACUUGUGACUCUCUUCCACUAUCCUACACACAGAAUAGAAUAACAGAGGAGAGUGUUUCUCUAUUCCCCUACUCUCUCACACACACACUUGUAUCUCACUCUCACUCCUUUCCCCCACCCCCAUUGCAGUAUUCUCCCUCCAUCUUGUUAUAGACCCCCUGUUGUAUUCUAUUUUAUUUUCUUCAUUUUUUUUCUACAGCUUUGUUAAAAAUGGCCCCGGUCCCUUCCAGCCUUCUACCUCCUGUACACAAUAGGUUUCACAAAAACCUUUUUUAAACUGAAUUUCAAACUUUAGGCUUAAAAUAAGUCCGGUUGGAAAAUGGCUGAAUUUGAAGAAUUUCCUUUUAAUAAGGGCUGUUUUGGCUUAAAUUUCAGUUUUUCAUCUAUCACAGGUAUAUGUGCAUCAGGUAAGUUAAGCUACUGGUGUGAAUGUGGCAAGGAUUUUAUUAUUGGUUUACAUUCUGUUUGAUUUGCAUGAUUAAAAAUCCAUUAUUAAUUAUAUAGCGCCAUCAGAUUCCGUAGUGCUGUACAAUGUGGGUGAUAUAUCCUUUAUAUUAUCCAUGCCUAUAAAUAUUGUAUUUAACUGUUACGUUUCUAUUAUUUGAGAGCAAUCAGGAAGACCAGACUUAAGUAUUUAAAGUAUUACACUUUUUGGCUACAAGGGGGUGUCAAAUAUAAAACGUGGUGUGUGUGUGUGUGUGUGUGUGUGUGUAUAUAAUGUAUGUUAUGUAUGUUUGACUUAUGUUAAAUAGGGUUAGCAGUUGGCUAUGAUAAUAUUCUGCAAUACCAUAACCGCUAAGAAAAUGGCUUCUUUUAAUUUGUUGGUAUUUUUUAUCAUCAUUUAAUAUAUCGCCAACCUAUUAAGCAGCGCUUAACAAUUUUAAAACUGGGAUAUUGGACAACAAGUAAUUUACAUACGGAAUAUAACAGAGACGAGAUGAAGAAGGCCUUGCUCAAACAAGCUCAGUCUAUGAUAUUUUUAUUUAUUUUUUUAUUUUUAUUUUUUUUUUUUUUUCUUAUCACCCUCCAAGGAACUUGCUAUCCUGAGAUAAUGACCACAUUAAAGCUCUAACUUUCUCCAUGUAUCCUGUGUAGAAAACCUGUGGGUUACAAGAUCCUGUCUGUCUGGGGAAGUUGGGUCUUUGAAGUAUUCUCCCCAGACAUUCAUUAUGGAUCACACAAAAUAACAUAUAGUUUUUGUUUUAUGUUAAAUAAACUUGUUUUUUGUUUUUUUUUCCUAUAAUGCAUUAAAAUCAGGAUACAUAUUCUGGAGCUAGGGGGUGACUGGGGGGUGGAGGGGGAGUUAAUCACUUAAAAAGCACGUAGGAGUUUUACAUCAAGGUAAGGCGCAAUCGCCACAGUAACCUAAUCGAAUGUCUCAACAUUUAGCUGUGUGCACCGGAAUAGCGCCUGUUUUGCCGUGAUAAAUGUCCCCAAUGAUGUCUGUGGGUCAGGAGAUAAAUAUACUUGAAGGAUUUCUCAUUGAGAAAUGUUGCUUUUCCGGAGCCGAUCCGCAAAUCCUCAUAGAGAUGCAUUGAAUCAAUGCAUCUCUAUGAGGAAAGUUCAGCACCUUCAUGCAGUGCGUGGAGACUCUGAAUGUCAGUUCUGCACGUUGUGCAUGACCCAGGAAGAACCUCUAGUGGCCGUCUGAGUGUCCCUGGAGGUGUCCCUAGGCUGUAAUGUAAACACUGCCUUUUCACUAAUUAGGCAGUGUUUACAUGAAAAUGCCUGCAGGGACAUGCUAUAGUCACCAGAACUAAUUCAUCAAGCUGUAGUUGUUGUGGUGACUAUAUCGUCCCUUUUUAAUAAAGUUAAAAAUGGUUUUGUAAUUUGAUAACUGAUGAGACCACAAGCCCGCACAGAAAACCGUUUCAGUACUUUUAUAAGUGGUGCAUAUCUUUAUUGUAUGCUGAACGAUAUCAGUUGUAAGAUUAUUUUUUUUUAUUUUUUAAAUCUAUAAUCCAUUUUCUGGCUGCGUAUAUUGUGUAACACGUCGUGUGAUAUUUCUGAACAUUACAUUCGUGAUUACACAGCAAACGGGGAAUUAAAAUUUUUGGCCCAAAUAGCCAGAUGCGAGAGAACUGUUCGAUAACGAGUUCGAUAACGAGUCUCUCUGCAGCAAGCAGUGUGACUGUCCACAACUAUGGCAGCCUGCAGGAUUCCUGUUAACUAAUGCAUGGGAUCAACCGACAUAGGAUAAAAUGUAAUGAAACCUGCUGUAAACUGUACUUGCCUUAAUCUAGGGUCUUCUAACAAAAAAAAGUAAUCAUCUUGUGAGUUUUGGCUAUAUCUUCAUUUUCAGUGCUUGACAUUUUGUACUAGUUCAGCAUGAAUUUGUUAUCCCCACGUUACAGUUCAGUUAACGUCCUGACACAAGUGUAACUUUAAACACUUUGCUGUUUUCUGGUCACGUGUGUGUGUUAUGUGGAAAGGAUGAUAUGUGAUCAGAAAAUUACUAGUGGUUUUGCAGCACUGAAUAUAAAAUCUGUCAGACAUUUUAAUUGUUUCAUAUAAUUGCAUUGCUGCAUUUAAAGGGACAUAGAAAGACCCCUCCUCCCCAUUUCUAGAUGUAUUUUCUUAGUUGUUCACUCCCCUGCCAAAUAAAAUAAAUCUAUCGUUACAAGAGAUCUACCCCAAUGAAAACAUGCAUGCAUCUAAUUGUGCAUUAACUGGGAGUAUAUCAACACAGUUAGCAAAAGCUGCUUGCUGCAGAGAGACUCGUUAUCGAACUCGUUAUCGAACAGUUCUCUCGCAUCUGGCUAUUUGGGCCUUUGCAAGCCCUCCCCUCCUAACCCUGCCCAGGCUUUCUGUGGUUGUCCAAUCACAGACUUCCCAAUGCAGCUCAAUGAGAGGUCUUUGCAAAGCAAGUGCUCUGUGCAAUUGCUGCCUUCCGAGUUCAGUUCGACUGAGCUUGCCGUAACAGGAUCGGCUGUCUGACAGGCAGGGAAUGUAACAAUAUUAAUUUAUAAAAGUGCCAAUAUCUUUUGAAAUCUUUUGUUGAAAAAACAAAAACAAAAAGGACACACUUCACACACAAAGCCCUGCAGUGUUGUCUUAUUUCUUUGGUAGAAGCUUUUCUUGGUAGAUUUGAGAACAAAUAUGACUUUUCAGACAUACUUGGGAAAAGGAGAAACCAAUUUUUUAUUUUUUAUUUCUUCGUAGGAAAAAUAUCUGCAUUCAUUCUAUGCAGUUUUUACUUUGUGGUCGUUUUUAACCCCUUCACGCCGUUACGGCGUUCUAUGCCGUCCCGCAAUAAGUGGGCUUUAAAGCCGUUGCGGCGGCAUAGAACGCCGUAACGGCUUUGCUCCCGGGAUACUUGCCUACCCGGUGCUCCGCUUCGGGAGGACUGCCUCACAGCCCAGGCAGUCCUCCCACGGCAAAUGAGGCCCCCGGGGGCCAUGUGAUCGAUCUCAAAGAUCGAUCACAUUGCCCCCUAUAGCUGGCUGUGGAUCUGCCAGCAGAUGACGUUAAAAAAGAAUUAAGCAUGUUAUAAAAUAUAGUGUGUGUGUGUGUGUGUGUAUAUAUAUAUAUAUAUAUAUAUAUAUAUAUAUAUAUAUAUAUAUAUAUAUAUAUAUAUAUAUAUAUAUAUAUAUAUAUAUAUAUACACACACACACGUAUAAUUACAAUAAAUAAAAUAUUGAAACAAUUUAAUAUAAAUUAUAUAUUCAUAUGUAAUUUCAUUCUAACUGUAUUUUGUUAAUAUAUAUAUUUAUAUUUAAAUAUAUAUUGGUUAUUAAUAUAUACUUUGACAUAUAUAUAUAUAUAUAUAUAUAUAUAUAUAUAUAUAUAUAUAUAUAUAUAUAUAUAUAUAUAUAUAUAUAUAUAAUAUGAUUACAUUAGUAUAUACGUAGAAUUUAAAUACCUAUAAAUGCAUAUAUAUUAAAAUUCUACGUGUAUAUUUAAUCUUUUAACAUAAUUAUGUGAUUUCAUUAAUUAAAAUUUGAUUGACAUGCCUGACAACACAGGGAGAAAGUGCAGAGAAUUUAAUUGGCAAGCACUAUAUUUGACCCUGUAACUUUCCAAGACACCAAAAAAACCUGUACAUAGGGGGUACCGUUUUACUCGGGAGACUUCGCUGAACUCAAAUAUUAGUUUUUCAAACUGGUAAAUUGUAUUAUAACGAUGAUAUUUUAAGUAAAAGUUAUUUAUUUUUUUGCAUUUUUUACAAACAAACGGCACUUUUAUGGACUAUAUUAUUGUUUUACUGUUUUAAAACACUAAUUUGUUUAGUGAAGUCUCCAGAGAAUAACAGUACCCCCCCAUGUACAGGUAUUAUGGUGUUUUGGAAAGUUAGAGAGUCGCAUAUAAGGCUUGCAUUUCAUUUUUUUGACAUUGAAAUUUGCCAGAUUGGUUAUGUUGCCUUUGAGAGCAUAUGGUAGCCCAGGAAUGAGAAUUACCCCCAUGAUGGCUUACCAUUUGCAAAAGUAGACAACCCAAGGUAUUGCAAGUGGGGUAUGUCCAGUCUUUCUUUGUAGUCAGUCACAAACACUGGCCAAAUGUUUGGUUUUUUUUUUUGUUUUUUGUUUUUUUUCACACAAAAACAAAUAUGAACGCUAACUUUGGCCAGUGUUUGUGACUAAGUGGCUACUAAAAAAGACUAAACAUACCCCACUUUCAAUACCUUGGGUUGUCUACUUUUUCAAAUGGUAUGCCAUUAUGGGGGUAAUUCUUAUUCCUGGGCUACCACACCAUCUCAAAGGUAACAUUACUAAUCUAAUCUCAAUGUGAAAAUGGAACGUUCUCUAUUUGACCCUGUAACUUUCCAAAACACCAUAAAACCUGUUAAUGGGGGGUACUGUUGUACUCGUGACACAUCGCUGAUUACAAAUAUGUGCAUUUUCUUGCAGUAAAACCUAACAGUAUUAUAACAUUAACAGCUAAAAUGUCAGACGGAAAUACAAUUUUUUUUUUUUUAUUUUUUUUUUUAAAUCUUAUUUUCUCACUUUUUUUUUUUAAAUUUUAUUCAUAAUAAAUUAUGUUCCAUAUAUGAAUAGUUAACGAUAAAUGAAAGCCCUGUUUCUCCUGAACAAAAUGAUAUAUAAUAAGUGUGGGUGCACUUAAUAUGACAGCGGUGAAUUACGGUUGAACAGACAUAUAGCGCAAAUUCCAGUUUUUGUUUUACGUUUUGUUUUGAUCAGAACGUGCACUAUUGACUCCGUCAUGAAUGGGUUAAAGAUAGAUAUCAGCUGUGUUCUGAGCAUCAUCAACUCAGGAUUUCAGCAGCUUUACCAUGUUAUUAUUGAUUUUUACUUAUUACUAUGAAAUCAAUGCGUGUAAAAACACGUGUAUCCCUGAGAGGCUGGAUUCUCUCAGCCAAUCCUUAAUCUGCAAUUCAUUUCAGCGGAAGAAGAAGGAUGCAAACAUGUGUGAUGUCCCAUGGUUAUAUGCUCAGUAAUAACUAGAAUUAUUGUAAAAACUGUACACGUGCAGUGCAGCUGCUGACGGUACCUCAUUCAUUUUGGGAAGAGUGUGAGACCGCUCAAGUGCAAGUAAGCUGCUGGUGACCUGCCUUAACUUGCACAAGUGUUAUUUUUAUUUAUGUGAAUGAGAUACUAAAAGUGUCUGCAUUGUGGAAGCCUCCUAAAGGCUGAUGUCCAUUGGAUCACUUCCUGCUAGGAAAUGAAAGCUUCCAGUUGAAUAGUGAGAGGUGUGAAGGUGGAGCUUUGGAAUCCAUAAAUAAAAGUCAGGAAGGUGCAACAUUUCAAGAAUUAUCGAUGAAUUGUAGCCAUAUUUGUCUUUUUUUUUUUUUUUUUUGUGGAAUGUUGUGCAUAAUUGCUACAUAUCUAUGGAGCUCCUAGAAAAAAGGCAUGGUGUGAUUUGGACCAAUAAUAGGGACUGUCCCUCCUAAAUUGAGAUGCUUGGCAUGUAUGUCAACUUUUUGCUGGGGAUGGGAAAUAAAUCCUUGACGAACUCUGGGAGUCAAAUGGUCUGAGUUUGUGGUCUUCACCUUCAGUGCUUGCAGACCACUUGUGCCUCUGGCACUUUCCCAGCGAGUUAUAGUAUUACCAUGGUAAUCUGUAUGACCACGCUCUCAAUCAUUGUAAAGUGUCUGAUCACAAAGGAUCGUGAGAUGGGGGUCUGACUGCCCUUGCUGGAGUUGCUCCCUUGUACUCUGAGUGGGGGCUCCCAAACUAAUUAUGUGGGCCUUGCAGCCUUGUCUGCCAUGCAUGUCCCGCGUGCCAUAGAUUGCGGAUUCCUGUUCUAAAACAGUGGAAUACAGGUACCACUUGAAAGUCAUGGUUGUAGAUCUCCUUUAGCUAAAGACCCAUUUUUUGCACACACAGCCUUAUUUUGGACCAUGGCACACUUCAGAAACAAAACAUUUUAAAGACCAUGUAGGUUUUUUUUUGUUUUGUUUUUUAUUUCAACACCGAAACUUGGUUAUUUUCAAAAACGAGAGACCUACAAAAGGAAUGUUUUCAGAAUUUUACAACCCAGAAUACAAAGUUUUUGUGGGACAUUUCAAGGUGACUUCAGGUUAACCAGUAUGCCUCGCAUGGCACACUGUUCUGGGCUAGGUUUCCUGCCCUUUUCUACAUGAUACAAAUUGUGUAAUUUAGAAAUACUGCAAUUGGAGAGAUGCACCAUAGUUAUUUAGAUAAGAGAUAAGUAAAGAUACAAGACAUACCCAUUGACUUUCAGUGUUUGUUGAAAGGUCAUUCCUUCUGCUCUAAGCAACUGUAUUAGUUAGCACUGAAUUCUAUGUUCUUGCAAUCUUUCGGAAUAGAGAGGGAAUCAUAAAAUGUUCACUGCUAAUUGCCAAAGAUUCAAAGUCCUUUUUUACCAGCUCGACCCAAUUUUCUGCACUUAGCGGUAAAUGGUAGAAAGGCCUCUUGUUCAUGCUUGCUGUGUGUGAACCUGACUGUUGUGCAUGGCUGGACAUAUGGUAUUCUAUCUAUUAACCUUGCCACCCUCUUUAACCAGUGCGUUUAAUUAUCAGUAGGAGUCUUAAGGAAGGUAGGUUAAUGUCAAAUUGUGAGUAAGCCAUUCGUAUGGCAGCAAUAAAAGUGAACUUGAUUUGAUUUUAUUUUUUUCCUGCACUGUAAAUCUAGUUAGAAUGUCUAAGUGUUAAUAUUUUAUAUAUUAUUUUUUUUUCUCGUCCCUUCCGGAGAGGUUUCCUGUGCUCACUGAGAUCAAUUUAAAAAAAUAUAUAUAUUUCCAGAUAGUUGAUCUGGUUUGUCACCUUUUAUUUUUUUUGUAAUACGUUUUGGUUUUAAUACUUGCUAGUUUUAGUGAUUAUAAUGCGAUUGUAGUCUGGCCACCCAGACAGGCAGUGACUGCUAAUAUUAACCAAGAACAAUAGUGUGGCCAUUCUGACUGCAACGAGGAUUACAGAACAUAAUGGGACCCAUCCAAAUAUAAUGCGAGUACAGGACAAGCAACAGGAAGCUGCAGUACACUCAGCAGAGCUCGGCUCACACACAAACCGUGGACUUAAUUCACACAAUGACAACUUUAGCACAUUAUGUAUUCAGAGGAUGCACAUUAUUCCAGUAGGCUUGCCAGAUCUGAGAUGAGCCUGCUUUAUUAGAGAACGUGCACCCAUAGUGUUCAUAGCAACAAUGUUUUUGUGUUUUAUUUUAUUUAUUUUUUAUUUAUUUAUUUUUCUUUUCCCAGUCUUUUUUUGGCAAACCCAGGUCAGCCUUGGUGCAGGAUAGUUCACAAAUGCAGUUACUAGAAUGUGGUUUAGGCUCAGUAGAAAAAGAAUAAUGAUUUUAGGAGGGGGGCGACCCAAAACAAAACACAAACUCCUGAAAUUUUAUAUUUCUGUUCGGAUGUUGUGGCGAAAUGUGUUCACCGCUGCCCUCUGGUCACACAUGUUCUCUAUUAGAAGGUACCACAGUUUGAUGGUGCGCAGUCUAGCAGUGAGUGUCUGACGUGGUACCCGUUGAGUAAGCAGCUUUAUUUGCUGCCCCAUCAGUAAAUAAGGUAUCGCUCAUCAAUUCUUGUUUUUCUUUCUCUAGGAAUUAUGUGAAAGCGUACAUUCCAUCACAUCAGCAGUUUACUUACAAGGCCCCUAGUGAAGCUUUGUUACCUGUUUUUAAAAAAACCCACAUGCAAUUUAGGACUCUUGGCACACAGAGGCUUAUAUUGCCUUUUUACAAAAUGUGAUUUACUUAUUUCCUCUACUUACUAUUCACCAUUUAGUUUGGCCAGAGGUUUACUGUCUUAAUACAAUACAUAUCUUUAAAAAAGCUUAAUUAUAUCUAAAUUAUUGUCCUUGUUGAUUCCACUGCCUUUGUGGCCAUUUAAUUCACUGAGUAGACUGUACAUUUUGGGGAAAAGCACCGACCAGUACAAAAGGUAAAGAGGGCCCUCCUGUGAGCUAGCUUUUAUACACCGUACGUAGAGGCCGGUGAGCUUGCAAUCUAAAUAUGAACUAAUUUCCUAUACACUGCCUGUACACUUUGAACUGUACUGUGAGCAAAAUAUUGGUGACACUUUACAGGAUUGGAUAGUCAAAAUAUGUUCCCCAUAGGUAGAUUAACCACUACUAGAAUGCUAUGCCAACUUCUGAAAAUACAGGUGUUUUAGUCUAGAAGAGAAGUAUUAUCAGAGAAGUGGCUCAUUUCACUUUCUUGCCAGAUCCGAGUGUGAGUGAUAUAUGGAAGAGUCACCCGCGUGCACACACUAGAUUUGAGUCAAUGCUGCUUUUCCAUCCUUUUAGGCAAGUUGCAACAAUAAACAAGAACAUUCUGUUUCUAAAAUCUCUGAGGCCCUCUGGAUUAACCCUCAGUGAAACAUAGCAGUUUCUCUGAAGCUGCUAUAUUUUCAGCUGCAGGGUUAAAACUAGAGGGACCUGGCACCCAGACCACUUCAUUGAGCUGAAGUGAUCUGAGUGCCUAUAGUGGUCCUUUAAGUGUAUCUGCAUGCACUGGCGGCACACCACGGUCGCAGCCCUGCAACCAGGUGCCCGCCGCCAUGUGUAGCGGCACCGGCCUGCGCAGAGUAUGUGCGCGGGUGGGGGGGGGGGAACGGAUCAAUAUUCGCACCGGGGCCCCAUGGAUCUUGUGUACGCCACUGUUUGUACUUCAGCGUGUGAGUGGGCCCAAACAUGCGCAACACACAAUUUUAUAUAUAAUUUAUUUAACCUUUGCAGUAACCAAACUGCUGUUUUCCAAAAGCCAAGUAUUAUUGAAUAAGAAAAAAAUAUUUUAAUACAAUGCUGAUUCAUGGUUUGAUUUCUUUUUUUUUUUUUUUUUUUUUUUUUUUUUUUUUUUACUUGUAAGUUUGCUGAUAGUGCUAAAAGAAAACGUUUGGGUUUUUUAUGCUUGCUAUUUUACCGUAUAUAGAAUGCUGCUGAAUAUUUUGUUAAAUAGGUGAUGAUUGGUGUGUUGUUUAUGCAGUCUUUUAUUUACGUUAGCAGUAAUCCCAUUUAUUUCAGGCACAUAUACCAGUUACAAUUCAAAUUACAAACUACUUACACAUUUUGCUAAUGUUCUGCAAUGUUUUCCCGCACCUCAUCAGUUCUUACUUCUUACUUUUUUUUUUUUUGUCUGCUUAUCCCUGGAGGGGUAUAUCUUUUGGCUCAGGGUCAGGCCUCUAGUGGCUAAUUAAGUGUGACAUUAUCAGUACACAACUGAUCUUUGACUCUGCAUAUAAUCUCUCAUUUGAAUAAGUUGACUGCUUUUAUUAUUGUGGUUGAAUGUAUAUUUAAAAAUGAUCUAAAGGUCAUCUCUGGUCAUGGGAACAUUUAAACCUGCUGGUUGCAUUCAUUCCAGAGAUGUUCAGUAAACCUGAACACUUACAGGGCAUGUGAUUGGCAAUUCACCCGUUAACGGAGCAGUUCCCCUUCUGUUUUGAAAUGAGCCAUCCUCUUCAUUUGCCAUUGCUCAGCAGCCAGAUUCAUGCACCCAUCACAGUGCUUAAAAUAAAUGAAGAAUUGGUUCCAUGGUUGCGUUGGGAUACGGUAACAUUUUUAACCCUCCCCCAACCAGAAAAACAAAACAAAAAUAUUUUGCCUUAUUAAACGAAUUGAGACAUUGCUGUUACAAAUGCACAGUAAGUGUUGCCCAGAUCAAUAGAUUCGCUAGUGUUUAGGAGCCUCUCUUUCCACUCUGACGUCUGAUUGUAUAUUAUCAUCAUUAUUAUUAUUAUUAUUAUUAUUGCCAUUUAUAUAGCGCCUACAGAUUCCAAAGCGCUUUAAAAUAUUAUGAGAGGGGGGAUUUAAAUAUAAAUGGGACAAUUACACGAAAAACUUACAGGAACAAUAGUUUGAAGAGGACCCUGCUCAAACGAGCUUAGUCUAUCCCAUAAAUGCUUAUCUAGUAUGGUUUUAUGGGAUAUGUGGUCCAGCCCCAGCAGCCGUUUGCUUUAUCACGUAGUAUACUUGCAAUGCUAUUGUUUUGAUUUUCUCGUUUUAGUUUUGUGAAUGGGGAGGUUUACACCAUUACAUAAACUUCUGACUGCCCACGGCACAGGCUGAGGGGGUAUGGGGAGGUGGGGACUUUAAUGGUGAGCACCCACAUCGCGAACACACAAUAUAAAUGGAAUAAUAAUAAUAAUAUAAAUGUUUGUAAAGUACAGCUUCUUCUUAAUCUGUGGGUGAAUUGGGGCUGAUUCACCCCUCUUCCCAUCCACACCCACCCCAAUUAUAGGUAACUGUGAACACCACAACCUAUUCUAAUUAAUAUUUUUAGAUCAUUUUAAACUGCAGAUUAGUGCACAUGCUCUAGCAAUUAAAGGGUUAAUGUCUGCUUGAAAUUCUGUUUUUAUAUGGGUUCUACAAAACAGAGACGUAUGGCAUACGGAUUAUAAUUGCGGCUAUAGGGUCGUGUGUAUGUUUUGGCAGAAUACGACCAUUUUUGGUAUCGCACCAGUUGUGAACAGCCCGGUUGAGGACGUAAUCCUGACCUAGGACAUUGGUCUUUCUGAUAAAAGGUCUUCAGAAAGCAGUGUAGUCCUGUGCUGUGAGCAUCAUGAUUUGGUUCAGGAGUGAUCAAAGAAACUCCAAGUAUAUACUUAAAGUUUUAUGCUCUAAAUCCUACCAGUUUCAAAGUAAUCUAUCAUUUUAUGUGGUUAUGUUUUUGGUUUGUGUCUCUUUUAUUUUUUUAUUUUAAGGUUUUUGUUUUUUUGUGUGUGAUUUUUUUAAUAUGUGUAUAGUCUUGCAGUAAAAUGUACGUGAAAUGUCAGUGAAACAGGGGGCAAAAACAGGAGGCUGUGGACAUUAGAAGAAGGCAUUGCAAACCUUGGGUCGAAACUGUUUACAUUUGGUGGGGGGGACGGACGUCAAUUUGACUUUUUCGGUCUAUGUUAGUAUGUUCUUUUUGAUUUUCAACUCCCAAAUUAGUGGAUAAACCUGGCCUUGCAGUACUGUACCUCAAGGGAGACUGGAUUUGCUAUAAAUAUGUUGAGGCUCGGCCAUGUUUACCUACAUCAGGCAUAGGCAACCUUCGGCACUGCAGAUGUUUUGGACUACAGCUCCAAUGAUGCUUUGCCAGCAUUAUGUGUGUAAAAGCAUUAUGGGGGAUGUAGUCCACAACAUCUGGAGUGCAGAAGGUUGCCUAUCCCUGACCUAGAUCUUGCAUGUGAUUAGUUUGAAUGUAUAUGUUAUAUGAUAUACAGUUUCUGCAGGUGGAACGAAUAUCCAUAUACCCUACUGAACAAUCUCUGCUUAAUUCUUUUCUUUUUCUUUUUUUGUAUUGGAGGUUUCGAUACAUGCCUAUACAUGUCCAGUUAUGCUAAGUUCACUUAGCAUUUUCCCACAGUACUCUGUGAACAAAAUGGAAUCUUGAUUCUUCUGUGUAUACAACAUAUUUCGGCUGUAUUCCAAGGCAGUACUUCACAAAUACUGGGUUUCCUUCAAAGACUGCAUGCUCCGUCAAGUUAUUAGAAGUCAGUUUUAUGCUGACUUCUGAAGUUAUUACUGUCUACACCUUUGUGUUGUUUACCUUUUGUCAGAAAUGCUGUGUGCUACCAACCAGUCAAGGCUCUCGCUAUGUAAUUAUCUGUUACCAUUAGCUUACUGAUGUUUGGGAAUCCUCAACCUGGCCAAAUAAACUCGCUGAGUAACAUUUGUCAGUGCCAGCAUUUUCUACAAGGCUUGGUCUGAUUGCCUUGUAAAAAUAGUGUCGCUCAGAGGUGUGUAGAUUGUCGCGCGCUCGUAUUAAAUGGUUCAGACGGUAUAUUAUGAUGUGGACCCACCAUGGCUAUUACUUGGUCGGCAAAGAAGCUUGAAGUGAGCUGGGAGGUUUGGCUACUUCUGACUUGCUGUAGAGAUAAAAGGGUACGUAGAUACAAUAGCUGGCAUCAGUCCAACUUAAAGGAGCGCUUUAAGCAGUAGAUGCUUAUGAUUAUUAUUGGAAUGUUACAGAUCUCAUGGGCAGAUUAGUGUGGCUAUAAAUGUGACACAUAGUUGUGCCCUAAGGUUUUGAAUGCUUAGGACCUAAAGCUUUGUCCUAAAGAGCCUUUUCCUCCCUCCAUACUCACUAAAAUUCAUCAGUUCUUUGCUUCGUUACCUGAUACUUGUGGGAGCAGUGAUGGUCUAUUGCAGACAAAGCUUUCUAAGAGGUGCUGAAAAGCUGCACGUCCCAUGAGGCAAUUCUUCAGAUGCUCAGAGAAUUACAGUUUGCAAAGACUGAAUUUGUAUAAAUAUAUAUAUUUUUACUAUCUAGGUAUUUUGUCUAUUUUACAUUUUUUUUUUCUCCCCUUCUUUUAGGAACAUGGGGUAUAUACUUUAAAAAAAAAAAAAAAAAAAAUUUAUAUUUAAUCGUUUUGUGUGUACAUGUGUAACGCAAUUUCAUAGCCAUAUAUACAUAUUAUUUAUUCACUGAAAUUACAAAUUUUUUGGUAUUGUAAAUUAUCACCAUCCCCUAUACACAUAUAUACAUAUAUACAUAUAUACAUAUACACUUAUAUACAUACAUAUGCAUACAUAUACGCUGUAUGCGGCAAUACGCCACGCCAACAACAACAACCGCCAGCCAUGCCGCCGCCGCCGCCGCCAACCUUAACCAGCUGCAUACGCAUAUAUUUUAUACAUAUGCAUCGCCGCGGCUGCCUGCAACAUAUUUAUACAUAUGGCUGUUGCAUAUAUAUAUAUAUUUGGCUGCAUAUAUAUAUUUGUGCAUAUAUAUUUUGUUUACAUAUAUAUUUUGUUUUGCAUAACAAUAUAUGUGGCUGCAUACUUAUAUGGCUGUUUACAUAUAUAUAUAACAUUUUACAUAUAUAUACUUUUGUUUUACGCCGCCAUAUUUGUUUUACAUAGCUGUUUUGCAUAUAUAUAUUUGAAAACAUAACCAACCAAUAUAUAUUUUUGGCGCACGCCAUAUUUGUUUACGCCAAUAUGCUGGCUGUUUUGCAUAUUUUGGCCAUAUGGCUGUUUUACAUAUGGCUGUUUACCAUAACGCCGCCUUUGGCUGCAUAAUAUGGCUGGCACAUAUACUCUUUAUAGCUGGCGCCUGCUGGCACACGCCUCUUCUUUACCUCUCUCUCUUUACUCUCUCUCUUUUACGCCUGCUCUCUCUCUCCCUUCGUUGGCGUUUAAAGAUAAGUAAUGUAAGGUGAAAGGUUUCUGCUGAAUGAGGCUGGAUAAGGUAGCUUAGAAGGGUAAAAGAAGAUAAUGUUUGAUUCAAGGAUAAUCUGUUGCCGAUUUUACGUUUCAGUUUACACAGAAUGAUUUUAGUUUAUCAAGAAUUCUUUUGGUACAGAGGUGUUGCUACUUUUGUGUUUUAAUAUGAAUCUUGUUUUCUAACUUUUUUUUUUUUUUUCUGCUUAUUUCAGAGAUCUUACACUUUAGUUGUGGAAGCGUGGGAUUACAACAAUGAUACAAAUGGUAAGUCUGUCAUUCUGGAAAAACUGCAGCUAAACUCUGGGAUUGGCUAGUUUUGCACACAUUGCUGACUGAGAGUCAUGGGAGAAGCGGUCUACGAAGCUGGCAUACCAACCAUUGGCUUUCAGUGGUUUAGGAAUAUAAAAAUGUGAAUUUUGAGUGCAGCAUACAAUAUGACUAAAACGAAAGUUCUGUUUUUGAAAGAUGUUCCUGUCCGUUAUGGGUCUCUAGUCCCUGAUGGACUACAACUCCCAUCCAAGCCAACCAUGCCACUGGUGGCUCAGCCGUGUUAUAAAUCGCAUUGUUGAAGUGUGACCUGUUGAAAUCUGGCAGAGCUGUUCCCUCUACAUUCUAGAUACUGUUCUGAUACUACUGUCACUUCUGCAGUUUCUACAGUGUUCUUUCACCAGGAAAUAUCUGAAACAUUGCAGACAGUCUUUGUUAACACUACUAAUGCCCCCAUACUGUAGGCAAAAUAGUAGUUUCUGCCACUCAUUGGCUCAAACACAGACUCCAGUACAAGCUGUAGAUCCUGCCUCUGCUUUAUAUGUAUAUAUCCGUUAUAAUUUUUAGAGAGAAAACUACCCCCUGUCCCCCUUGCACUGCAGUUUAUGUGUGGGGUCUAAGUUUUUCUGAUUCUCAGUGUCUGUUUUUGUAGAACCUGUGCUUCAUUCCUCUUCUUCGGGAAAUAAUUUUAAAAAGGAAAAUCUCUUUAAUAUGUGUGACCGUUUUCCAAUUCUGUGUUUAAAAAUUGUAUGGGCACCAAGUCUGUAAGAAACUUGGCUGUGAUGAUGGCUUAUAGAACAUUUUACGAAAUAUUAGAAAAGUACAUAUAAAUUGCUAUUUUCAGUGUGCACAUUGGUUCACUUUUAAUUUGCAAUAACAUUCAUGACUCCUAUAGUAGUUUUCUUCACAUGGUUGUGAAAUAUUUAGUAGAAGAAAGUGUUUUUUUUUUUUGUUUCAACUUUUUAAAUGUUACACACACACACCCACCCACCACCACCCCACUCUAGCAUCCCGUGGUGGUUUGAAGUGUGUUUCAUUCUAAUUGUAAUCUUGAUUUAUUGGUUUUCUGCAACAUAAAUUAUAUAUACACAACAGUGCCUGUAUCGCCACAACCGCAUAAUCAGACUUGAUCGUUAUAAACAGAGUAAAACAGUGUUUUCUGACAUGUUUAAGUUUGCACUUUUUGUUUAAAAGAGUAGAAAUUCAAGGUAUACACCUAAUGUAGCGUGUGUAUUAAAGGGUAUGAGGGGGAAACUUUGCGAGGGUCAGUGAGUGUCUAGUAUGGGGGAGGUCGUCAGUCUACCCGCUUUAUGUUGUAGAACGGGAGCCUAUGUGGGUUGUAGUUCAUGUCUGCGAGUUAUUCCUCGUGUUGGUGAGGCCUGUGGCAAAAGUGUCAACAUGGUAUUACUGCUGUGAUAUUCUCUUCGGUGUAGCUAUGGCUCUGCUGUGGUUCUCUGUAGUGGGUAUGCCAUGGAGGGGGCGGGUCAAUCUUGUUGGGACGCAGUGCUGUCAGUGAAACGGUUGCGACAUGUGAAUCAACGGUCGGAGGAACAGAGAAUGAGCAAAGAAUAUAUAAGAGAGUAUACAAUGCAACGCAUUAAUAAAUUGCCAGCAUCUAAAGGAGUAGUGAGUUUUUAGUGUCCGGUACUGACGUGCCCACAUUUGGCUUGGGAAGCACUGUUACGCCUCUUCAUUCUGGAGCUUUGGGCCCUGCUGGGGUGAAAGGUGUGAUGUUGGUGGCAUUCCAGCAAUGUGCAGAAUUCGACACUAAGCUUUGGGCCGGGAGUAUGCCCAGGGAGUGCAGGAAUUCUGCUGGCGAGGUCAGUCGGCGGUGUCCGCCUCGUUCUGUGAAGAGUGCUCUCGGGUAUCCCCACUUGUAUGUGAUGUCGGCUGCUCUCCGCUGCAUUGUUACUUCCUUCAGGGAUGCGCUCCACUGCAGUGUCUGGCGGGUCAGGUCUUGGUAGAAGUUUAGGGAGUGGUCUUCAUAUGUAAGCGGGGUUUGUGAUAAUUUAUGCUGAAGUGAGGAAAAGUUGGCUGUUCCGUGAGGCUUUUUCUGGUUGCUUUUGUCAGAGCUCAGGCGCCAUGCGUCUUGCCAGCUCGCCAGUUAGCUCCGCCCCGUAAAUUGCUAUAUUUCUAAUUACUUUUUACAUUUGUUUAAACCUAUUCUAAAGUUAAAACUUUUUUUUUUAAUUUCUGCUUUUUGUUUUCAUUUUAUAAUCCCGACGUGUGUGUUUACAUACUUGUGCACUCUUUCUGGGGCUGUUUACAAAGUGAAUUUAAAUGUUUUAUGCCAACUACUCACCUUGCAGUCAACAGAGAUUGCUGCAGGUCGUAAGACCGUGUCAGAUCAUUUAAGUCAUGAGUCCUAAAGUACAGAGUAAAAUAUCACAGAUGAGUACAAUAUUCCGGGCUACUGUGAAAUAUUAUUUCAAAUUCUAACUUUAAGCAGGUGCUUGUUUUGAAAAGUAUAGGUGCUUUAUCUUGCUUUAUGGCUUGUAUUUAAAACGAUAACAAAUCAGGCAUAUUUUCAUAACUAACUGCAAAAUGCGUUUUCUCUUAAAAUGUUCUUUUUAUCUGCUGGAGGUUUAUUUGCACAUAGUUUACAUUCGUGCACUGAAUUCAUUGCACGAACCAUUACCUGCAAGUUAAUUUAUAAUCUCUGCUGGACAGAUGUGCAAGUGUAGAUUUUUUUUUUUUUUUUAAUGCUGUUGUAAUUCGGAACAAUUCUAUACAGUAUCCCACUGCUGCUUCCAUUUUUGGAUCAGUGCAGACUACAUGGUUUAAUAUUUAUAGUAGAUUUCUCAUGAACAUGUUUAUGUAUCUACACAAAGGUCCAAGGAGAAAUGUUGGCACUGCCCUUAUUAAAAUCCCUGGUAUAUAGUUUGAAUGAUCAUAUUGCAUAUAGAUUGGAAUUGUGCUUUUUGUAUGUCUGCAUAAAUUGAUGGUGAAUCCCAAAAACGAGCCAUUAUAGCACAGUACUGAGAGCCAGAAAUGUAUAAUUAUUAUUUAAGUUCUUAUUGUAAUCUCUUUCUUGGAAUGUCUUGUCGUUUGUGUUUUUUGGUUGUUUUUUGUUGUUGUUGUUUUUUUUAAAGUGUUACAUUUUCAAUAUUUGUACAGACGCUGAUGAUAUCAUAGAGAAAGCCCUUCACUCCGGUAUGAUUAACCCAAGUAGACAAUGGCAAAUACUGAAACAGAAUGCUGCAAUGACACAUUUCGAAUACCAGAUUCGGGUCAUUUGUGACGAGCAUUAUUACGGUUUUGGCUGCAACAAAUUUUGCCGACCGAGGGAUGACUUUUUUGGACACUACAUGUGCGAUCAGAAUGGCAAUAAAACCUGUCUGGAAGGCUGGAUGGGACUUGAAUGUAAAAGAGGUACGGAUUAUCAUACAAGUUAAGGUUCCGUUUUAGUGAAGCUACUGCAAACUGACCUGUAUUAAAGUCUACCUGCCACAAUUAAAUUACAUAACGAUACUGUUAAACGCCUGAACUCAAGUCAAAUUGCAAUUUGCAUGCAUUUUAUUUUAGAUUUCAUUUUUUACCACAUCUGACCUGACUUGGAAAUAGGCAAAGUCUAUAAAACAAAAGUAUUGAUUGCUGUGCUUGUAGUUGCCAUGCCACUAAAUGAAUUGGUGUCCCGUAUUGCAUAUCACACAGCACACUAGUCCUUGUGGGAUUCUAAAAAUGUCAUUGGGAGCCAGGCGUCUGAUGUCCCACUAUUUGGCACUGCCAUCAUUGUGGCCAUCUGAAUUGUACGCCUCCCUGAAGGUGACCAUGUGACAGUUUGUGGAUGAUGGAUCUACACAUAAUGAGGUAGAAAUAAUUGUUUGAUCAGAUAUAUAAAAUGAAGACUAAUUUUUUUUUUUUUUUCUCCCACCCCCUCAGCAAUAUGUCGUCAAGGCUGCAGCCCAAAACAUGGUACAUGCACGACGCCAGGAGAUUGCAAGUAAUUUACCAUUCUCUUCCAUUUUUAUUAUUUUAUGAGUGAAUGGGCUAGUGUGAUUUGAUGCUAUUACGACUGAUACAUGCAGCACGCGUUGCAUGAGAUGUAAUAUUUUAAUGUGUCAGUUAUUUGCAUUUAUGGACUUUUUAUUAAUAAAAUGCUUUGACUGCAGUGGGUAUAAUAUUAUUUUGCCUCCUCUGGCAUAAAAACAUUUCACAAAUGUCCCUUCCCAUCCCCCUUCCCCAAGUCCAUCAAUAGGCAAAAAGGUCCGGCAUUCUUUAGAAUGGGAUUAGUAAAAUCUCUUGGUCUGUGCUCCUGGGAGCCAGUGUCUGAGUGCUGAGAGGUUAAUAGCUUGGAUGGAAUCUUGUCAGUAGCCACUGUUUGUUACUGUGCUUUGAAGUUGACUGGGUCCUGGCUUGCAUACAAUAGAAAGCAGGUUUUAGACAUACCCGAACAAUUUCAUAAUUCAAAUAUUGAGAUGACUAAGAAUUACAGAUCUUCUUUUAUCCAACCAUUUUAGAGAAGAACUGUGCUAGGGUUUUCAGUGUACUUCAACAUCAUAUAACUAUUUCACUUCUGUUUUAGAUAGAAUUACUUGCUCGUCACAAAGUUUUGUAGCAUAUUGGGGGAUUGUGCAUUACUGGUCCCUUUUUUUUUUUUUUUUAUCCAAGCUUAAUAAACAAUAACCACUUGAUAUAUAGUUAUAGAUAAAUAGUUAUAGCUUCCUUGUAGCCAUGGAAGCAAAGUAUCGGAUGUUGCUACUCUAGAGCUCAAUCACAGUUGCACACAAACCUGUAUGGUCUAUUCAAUAAAUUACAAAUGCUUGUUUGUCAUAAAUGGGCUGUUUUAACUUUUCCAGCUCUUCACAAACCGUUAAUUUCAUUAUUUCAAGCAAAUGCGCCCUGCAGUUCAUUUGUCUGCUGACAACCAAAUCUGUUUGUGAAUAACAGAAGUUAACCGUGUUACACAUAUCACAAUCAAAUUGCCUUUAUUUGAUUGUUCCAAUUCUCCUAGUACACACCAGGAGAAUUGCACCUAAACCUCUAAGUCUUUCUAAUCCCUAAUACUACCCUAACCCUCCCCCACCCCCUGGAUAUCCCAACUCUAAAUAUCUCUUCCAAAACCAACUCUAACAUUUGUGUUUAUGUUCACUGUUUAGUGAAUUGACCCUUGGUCAGGGGUCCACCAGGUAGUAAGCUAAAAUAACUGAAUUGGGAAAAAAUUUCCAACUCUGACAUAUUUUCUGCUGAGCGGCUUUGGAUUUAAGUGUUGUCAUAUCCUGAUGAAUUCCUGACAAUUCACAGUUCACGAAUAACAAUGUCUGUUUUUGCUGCAUGGAAAAACCUGCAAUAAAGGUGCUUUUAAAGGCGGGUGGCCGGCAUUGAUCUGGCUAUAAGGGAUAUAGAAAAUAGUGCAUAUUGUGAAUGUUGUCACACUGAUGGACAAUGUCACACUGAUGUACUGGAAAUGUAAUAUAGUCUACGCUUGUCAUAAGCCUCUUGUACUAAGCCCAGAUCAUAGGAUGAGUGACAGUUUUGAGAUGGCUAAUAACGAUUUGCGUACUUGUCCCCAAAAUAAACAUGCCUCACUCUGUCCCUGCAAGGCUUUGUUUAUUCCUUUCCCUUUCUAGAUAUCCCCUCCCUCUCAGUGCCUAGACAUGCACUAUUGCUCAUAUUUGCUAAAGGUGCAAGUUUCCCACACUUAAUUUGCAUAUUUAAAAAAAAAUGUCCCUUUGUCUUUUGAGAGAAUGAAUGGAAAGAAAAUGCCUAAUUUUGAUUCGAUGAAGAAAACAAAUUCCAAACUUCAUCUUCACAAUUGAGAUUUUUUUGCCAUUGUGAAAUACGUCACCUAGGAUACCAUGGCUUAUAAACAAGAUGGUUCUAUUCCCCUCCCCAAAAAUUCUGCAUCUUAAUAUUUGAAAGCAUUCCGUACAGUUGGUCUUAUACAUACAGUUAGUCUAAAAUAACUUUGUGAUUUAAUUGUAGAUAGAUUUUACUUUGUAGGGUUUUUUUGGCAGGGAGAGGGGUGGGGAAUGAGCAAUGAAAUAAAUAAUAGUAAUCAAUCAAUGGAAAUUUUUUAAGUAGUUUUUUAUUUUGUAUUUAUUUAUUUUUUUAUUUUUUUUAGCAACUUGUUUUAGUUUGCAUUUGAAUCUGCAGUACCUGUUAUCUGUUUGAACUCCGCAUCCCAUAUAGCAAUUCGAAAAAUGGACCAUAUAAAAGUCAGAACUUCUUACUUAAAUACCACAAGCUUUAGAUUCAGUUAUUAAUCAUUGUGGCUUAAGCCCUGACAAAAUGAAAAAUUUCUUGUGAUUCUUUAUUUAAAUAAAAUUAUUUUAACGUCUCACGAGAAGCUUGAUCAUACUCGUCAUCCGUUUUAGAUUAGUGGUUUUGUUGUUUGGGGAGUGACUGUAGGCUAUUUAUGGCGUCCUUUCUAGGGGUUGCCUUCAACUUCUGCACUUCAUUAUAAAAUAAAAUAAAAAGUUACAUUCUUGUUAAUCGGGGAGAAAAACCAUUGACAAUAGAUAACUGUCACGGUUUUCAAAUUAAUAUUUUGGGAUUUCCAUCUUUUCUUUAAAAGGAUACACAACAUAUAUUUCAAUCGAGUGUAUUUUACUACAUAAUUUUUUUUUUUUGAAGAAAGAUGGCGAUUUCAAAAUGAUUCUAAAAUCUGGUAAAGCGCAUGACCUCACUCAUUUAAUCAGACUUUAUGGCAACUUGGGAAGGGAAAUGUUAAUCCUUGGCCAAGGUAGCCAAACUGAAAAUAUUUUCUAGUUUUGGCCUAAACUUUCUAAUUCCAUUAUGGUGUGAAUAAAUUGAGUUCUUUUUUCCAGAUUGCGACGAUAAGGAUUUUUAAAAAAGUUGUUUACCUAUCCAAAGCUAUUAAAUGAUUGGUUUAAUGAUUCUUUGUAUAGAGCACACACACCCUUUCCCAUAGCUCGGAUUGGCUCCCUCAAAAUUAAUGCCUUUGUUUUGAAGUCUGCCUAACCUCUUAUCUGAUGUUUAUUUUUAUAAUUUAAUGGUUUGGGGAGGUAGUUUAGUCCUUGUGCUUUGGAAUCUUAGCUGUCCAUUGCUAUAUUAUUAGUGUCUUGAUCCAUUAACGUGUUAGUCAGCGUUUCUGUCUAACGUCUUCUUGGCAGAUUUAGAGGCAGGGGGAGAGGUGAAAAAAGUUUAAACCCACAUUCCCCUAUUUAUCUUAAGAUGAUCAUUCCUCAUUUUUCGUGUGUUUGUUUAUUCUUUUUUUAUUUUUUUUUAUUCCACAGCUGACCUAAACAGCUGCCAUAAUUUCCACAGUUCCCUAUUUGUUUAUAAUGAUUUUCCAUUUUCUACCUGGUGCCUUAAUUUUGCAGUUUUCUAAGUACAUAAAACACAUUCCUUUUUUUACUUAUAAUCUAUUUUUCUAUCUAUUGUGUGCCCUGUUGGCAUCUCUGGAGUUAACCUGCUUUACAGUACAUUUUUAAAAGCCAAUUCUACCCCUCCUUUUUGUGUGUCUUUUUUUUUUUUUUUUUUUUUUUUAAACAGGAAAGCAGAGUUUUCAUUGUUCUCUGAGACUUUUUCUCUUACACGCAAUAGAUUGUCCAUUCUGACAUAGUUCAGAGAUUGAUUUGUAGUGUACACCCACCCUCCCUGUCUCAUUUGAAUGACCCGAGAAUAGAGUAUUAUUGUGUUCAAUGGCAUCAUGCGUGGUUUCCCGGAACAUUUAUUCUUUUGUGAAAAGAUUGGCUGGGAGACCUUGGCAAAACUGCUAGUAGGUUUGUUUACCAAAAAAAAUUAAAAACAUUAUUAUAUAUAAACACUACCAAAUACACAUUGAUGUGUAAUAAAUAUUUACCUAGAUGUCGCAUACUAUUUUUGUGUUCUUGCAUGGCAGUUGUGUUCGAAAUGCACUUAAUGAGAUGUUUAUAUGAUUUUAUGUAUUUGUUUUUGUAGAUGCCAGUAUGGAUGGCAAGGCCAGUACUGUGACAAGUGCAUACCGCAUCCUGGAUGUGUCCAUGGCACGUGCAUUGAGCCGUGGCAGUGUCUGUGUGACACGAACUGGGGUGGGCAGCUCUGUGACAAGGUAUGCAAAUAUCACACGUCUCCCAAGCGGCUUACAUGUAAAUCCUGCACUUGUGCUAUGAAGGUCUUAUUGAUAACACUGCAGUAAAUUAGCAAUUCUCAACUGAUGUUAAAGUGUGCCUAUUGGCUUUCUCCAUGUGACAAUUAAGCCUGAAGUACAUAUUCUUGCAGCUGCUUUAUACUUGCCUCAGCUGAUGGCUUUGACUGACUUCUGCAAGUAUGGCUGAGGGUGCUGGGAGGUCUCCUUAUAUCUGUUGAACUUCCAACCCCAAGCUGCUCACUUAAAGAUAGGAGCAUUGGCUUAUUAAAUUGUUUGUAAGACUUACUGUAGGACUUUGCAUCGAGAAGCAGGUUUCGUCCUCCUGCGUGGAAUCGCCUUGAUAUAUAUUUCCCCAACUGUCUUUCUUGUUGCUCUAUAAAUUGUUACUAACUUGGUGUCCCCACUGAACUUUCACAGAUCUCAACUACUGUGGGACGUACCAGCCCUGUAUGAGCGGAGGCUGCGUGCAGUAAUACCGGCCCUGACAAGUACCAGUGUUCCUGCCCUGAUGGUUAUUCGGGUCAAAACUGUGAAAUUGGUUAGUUGUAUAUUCUGUUUGUGUGUGUUUUGUUUCUACAGCUCCAUUCAUAAUAAUAAUUAACCAGGUAAUCAGUGUGCUUACUGGUUCUAUAAGUAAUAGAGCUUUUUCUGGCAUGAAAGCAGUUAAAGUGUUGACCUGUGUCCCAGCUCCUACCCCCACCCAUUUGUGUUGAUUCUCUCUCUGUCUUUCUGGAGGCUAUGGGAAUCUGUGUUAGUCCUGGCUCAGAUUCAAGCCGAUCUAAGCUAUAGCAUUGAUCAGGUCAGCUUAGCAUGAAGAUUAUUUCCUCUUUGUUUGAAGUUGUGUUAAACCAAGCACUGUUAAUGAGAAUAAGAUAUAGAGGUAUUAGCGUUGGUCACAUCUUACAGAGCAAGGUGGUCUUUAACUGAGCAGAAGCAGUGAUAUAUAUAUAUUUUUUCUUUUUUUAAAUUCCCCCCACACUUUCACCCCCCUCCCCAAUCUUGCUAGUUACAUUCCUGACUGCUGAAUAAUUAAGGUUAUUUGUUUUUGUUUAAUUCAGCUGAACAUGCCUGCCUUUCUGAUCCCUGCCACAAUGGAGGAAGUUGCUUAGAGACAUCUGUGGGAUUUGAAUGUCUGUGCGCCCCAGGCUGGACGGGUCCCACAUGCAUCCUAAGUAAGUGUUGCUUUGCUUGUCAUAUUUCUGAUUAACAUUUUUCUUCUUGGGGUAGAACAACUAAAUACCUAGACAGCAUACAGUACUUGUCCUUACAAAUUUUUGUCCCCUCUCUUUAAAUCCCAGAUAUUGAUGACUGCUCCCCAAAUCCAUGCGCCCAUGCUGGAACUUGUCAGGACUUGGUGAAUAGCUUUAAGUGUGAUUGUCCUUCUCAGUGGACUGGCAAAACAUGUCAAAUAGGUAACUUUUCUUAUAAUUUCUCUUUUCCUCAUACAGUUUUUUUUGUUUGUUUUUCUCUUUUUACACCUGUAUUCUAUUCUUAAAAAAAAAAACAGCCCUGCCACCUGGUUUUUCCACAACCACCCCAUCAAUAGGGGUUAUUUUCUUCAUUCUAAACACAUUUAUUACAAUGACCUUAUAUAUUAAUUACUGGCAUUUUUAAAUUACUUUAUUAUUUUUAAACUUGUUUUGCAGUGUAUUUAUAUAUAUAUAUAUAUAUAUAUAUUUAUAUAUAUAUAUAUAUAUAUAUAUAAUAUAUUUACACUGUGAACUCCUUGCAGCUCUCUAAUUAUUAAAUUAAUUUGACGUGGUGAAGUAAACUGCUUUCGAAAGGAUUGGAUUAACUGUUAACCAGAGACAAACGCAGUGCAUGUGAACCACGUCGACAAAGUAGUAUCCUCUAGCAGGAGGACUGGAAAAAAAGCAUUCUACCAUGAGCCUGUGUUCUCCCCUGUUUUGGUCCUGUGGGAAACUAGCUGUGUCUUUUCAGCCGUGUCAGCUCCCACAGACCAAGGAGUUUACAGCUGGGUUCCGAACUGUGGAUGAUCUCAUGAAGAAUGAGCUGUCUGCAUUCUUUGUGAAACUCUCUAAUCUGGCUGACAAUGGUGAAGGAAGUUCUGCCCUGCAAUGGUCAAUUGGCUGUAACUGUUCUUAACAAGCAAUCUGACCAAAUGCCACCAGUUCUAAUGAGCUGCUUUUAACACCUUCAUUGCUGGUUAUAAACGGUGUAUUGGUGGUCAGCAUAUUGCGUGCCCCUCUACCUCUUUGUCCUAUAGCCUCACAAUUAUAUAUGUAUUCAUGUCAUAACGUGCUUCUUUUUUUUCUUUUUUUUUUUUGUAAGUUUAUUUUAAACUGCAACACGUUGUCUUCUCUGUACAAAUAAUUAAUGUUAGACGCAUAAGUCAUUGGCAGCGGUACAAGUUGAGGCAGACUGCAAUAAUAGGAAAAAGAGGCCUUGCUUGUAUGACCUUUUGUAAUAAUUGAAAGCUAUGAGUUUGCAAAUUAUGGUAGGAUUAGCUUUAUAAAGGGGGACUAUAUGCACCAUAACCACUACAUCUUAUUUAUAGUUGUUAUGGUUCAAGGAGGUUCUGGAUGAAGCCCCUCUGGGGUUUUAUUCUGUAGUGUUGUACAGUGGAUGAGCAUGACAAAAAAGAAAACUUUGGACAAGUCUCGCUUACAUGAAUAAGUGCAAGCCUUGCUCAAAUGAGCUUACAAUCUAAAGAUCUGAUAGAAUAACAAACCGUUACCAAGCACUCUAAGCGCACCUCAGUUAAAAAGGCUCACUUCCUCAUUCUCUGCACAGAUUUUUGUAAUGCUCGAGCACGCUUUGCAUGCGCUCGGCUUGCUAUGAGAGUCUGUAAAUACUUCCUACAAGCUGACUUUUCUGUGCCAAGUUUUGAUGUCAUUUUUUUUUUUUUGCGUGGUUAAAUCAUGGAGCCCGUGUGAAUUCAAAACGGCUGUGGAGAUUUGACUGCUAAAUCUUCCUAUGCCUGCACGGUCUGUGGCGUUAAAGAUAUACCCGUGUUUGCGCCAGUAAUUUAAAUGUGGGCCAUUUUGUCACCCCAUUUACUUGAUUCAAACAUUUUAGGUAAACUGCUUGUAUGGUAGAGGCUAAAUGUUGUGAUGUGGAAAACUGGUAAACUCUCUGUAUAUUGAAUACUCAUCAGUAACUGUUUCUUUCAAAGAUGCCAACGAGUGUGAAAGCAGGCCUUGCGUGAAUGCAAACUCAUGCCGAAAUCUGAUUGGUAGCUACUAUUGUGACUGCAUUCCUGGCUGGACGGGUCAAAACUGUGAUACAAGUAAGCACGAUAUAUGUGUGUGUGUAAUUACUGCAUAAUACGUAUCACCCAUUUCUUGAAUUUCAUAUUUUUUUCUUUAGCUAAAUCUUCAUUAAUACAGGUUUCAUAGUUUACAAUCACUUAAAAAGGGAGUUGUCAAGUUUAGAAACAAAAUAUACAAUUUUAUCAUUCAUAUUAGUCUGUAGCAAGGUCUUAUUCUGAUAACGUUGCUAAAACAAUGAUGUGAAGUGAAUCUAGAAUGAGCUCCGUAAAGGUCCCACCCAUUAUUAUAAUCUUAUCUGGAGGAAAGCUUGCAGGAAAUGUUACAAAAGUUCUAUCUGACCAAAGCCACGCCGAUUUUUGUGCAUUCUUUCAACAUCAUUCAAGGGUAUAUUGUUGUUCGUGGUCAAAUCUUGUAAAUUUAAUUGUCUGAAUGCCAAAAAGAUCUGUGUAAGAUUUGUCUUGCCAAAUGUCUCACAAACUCUGGCAUGGAACCGAUUAUGACUCCUUGUGAAAAGUAGAUACAUUUUUUUUUUUUAAAAAGGUCUGUUCCAAAUUACAUAAAAUAAAUUAAUUAGUCCCAAAUAUGCACGGUGAUAGAAAUUAGACUGUUAAAAACAAAAAAUAAAAAUAAUGAUGCAGAGUAGCUGUGCUACAUAGCAGAAACUGGUUUUAAUCGAGAAAAUAUUUAUUUUCCCUCAUAUCUUCCCCCAGAUAUUAAUGAUUGCAUUGACCAGUGUCAGAAUGGAGCAACUUGCACGGUAUGUAUGUAUGUUUAGUUUUUUGGUAUUUCUGCCUUUUUCGUUUUACCACUAAUUAAUUCAAUUAAUAACCUUUUUGGUUUGUUCAAAACAUCUUUUGUAUUCAAGCAAUGUAUUAACAGAUGUAAUAAUUUUUUUUUUUUUUGUAUUGUUAAAACCAAAUUUUUACUAUUCCCCCUCCUCCCCCCCAUGCUUUGUCAUCGCAGGACUUGGUUAAUGGAUUUCGCUGUGUAUGUCCACCCGGCUAUGCAGGAGAUCGUUGUGAGAAAGACGUCAAUGAAUGUGCUAGCAACCCUUGCUUGAAUGGGGGUCAUUGCCAGGAUGAAAUCAAUGGAUUUCAGUGUUUGUGCCCUGCUGGUUUCUCAGGAAACCUCUGUCAGGUGAGUACAAGUGAAAUGCUAAACCUAGAUAAGUUAUUUUUCUUUUCUUUUUUUUCUUUUCUUUUUUUCUUUUUCUUUUUUUUCUUCUCCUCUCUUUCUAAUGAUUUGUACACUAAAUACCUUCUGCUCAGUGAGGCUUGCUAUAAAGUUAUACUCCUAACAGCUGUCUGCCAAUAAAGUGCCGGUAGGAGGGGUGUAAGGGAAAUCGGAUCUGUUCAUUUAAACAGAUCGCAAAUGUUUGCGUGUUAAGUUUUGUUGUAUAUUCACUGUUGGCCUUUAGUGGCUGUUUUAUAUCCUAGAUCUGUCUGCUCAGAUCUAGGGGAGCUACACUUUUACAUUCUGCUUUAAGUAAAAUUAAUGGAGGCAGUUAGAUAAAAAGGUCAGAUUCCAGAAUGUCUGCUCUCUUUAGCGUUGAAUAGGGUAAUAAUAAAACCUUUGUUUCUUUCUGCUUUCCCUUCAACAUUUUACAGUUGGACAUAGAUUAUUGUGAACCCAACCCUUGCCAGAAUGGAGCUCAGUGCUUUAAUCUUGCCACCGAUUACUUUUGUAACUGUUCUGAAGACUACGAGGGAAAGAAUUGUUCACACUUAAAAGAUCACUGUCGCACUACGCCUUGUGAAGGUAGGUGUAGCCUUGUACGGCUUGCGUUUCGCUCGCGAGCUUGGUUGCCUGGGCUUUAAAUUAAGAGUGUGGUAACCAUUUAAGUGAUUGUGAACCACACACUGUGCUAAUAAAAUCCAGCUGUGCCUCUAGCCUCCGUUCUUCUCAUUCAGCGAGCUUGACUCUACGUUCCUUGAGUUAUAGAGAUCUGAUUGAGCCAGAUUCAGCAGAAUAGCAUUCUUAGGGAGUAUGUUUAACCCUGUCAGGAGUUGGCCAGUCCCCUACAAUUCAGAUUGCCAGCACUAACGGUGUUACUGGUCUUGCUCUGAACCUCAACAGAUAGUGAUCUACAACAGACUUUUUUAUUUCGAUUCCAAGAUUUGGAACAUGCUGUAUGUACAUUUAGUUUUUCUGAUCAUGUGUUUAUCCAGUAGCUGUAAAUCUGAAAACAAGGAAUACGUUUAUUGCAAAAAACAUAUUACUUUGGAAUUUAAUCCCUAAAUUAAAAAUUGUGGAACAUGAAAAGGGAUUUCAGAUUUUAACCUACUAUAGAAAACUGUUAAGUUGUUUAGGCGUAACAUUUUCCAGAACUUUUGAUUUAGUGAAUAAUCCCCCCCCCCUUCUCUUUCUUAGAAUAUUUUUAACGGCUGAGAUAACUUGGGGUUCUAUACAGGGUUGGUAAAUACUAAAACAAGGUUUACACUAAUUGCUCAUAAAAUCUUUCUUCUGGUGUUAGAAACCCCUACACAGUUUUUCUCUGAAAUAUGAAUUUAGGACAGUAUAGCUUUGGAUUUGGAAAAAUUCUCUGCCACUGUCUUCACUUUGACUAUUGUGGCUCAAACCUUAAAAUUUUCUUUGAAUUUCCAACAAUUCGUAAGUUAGUGAAUAACCCGGCUCACCCACCGUUUUUAAUAUAAAAUCACAUGGUUUCCUAUACUUUUUAUUAGGAAUCCGAGCCCUCCUAGUGCCAUUUAAAUUGCUAACUCCAUUCUUCAUGUGGCUUUUUUUUUUUUAUGUGACAUUUAUGGGUUAUCUUUAUCUAUUCCACUAGUGAUUGACAGCUGUACGGUUGCUGUGACGUCAAACAGCACUCCAGAAGGUGUGCGCUAUAUUUCAUCUAAUGUCUGUGGGCCCCACGGUAAAUGCAAGAGUCAGUCCGGUGGCAAAUUUACCUGCGAAUGCAAUAAAGGUUUUACGGGAACCUAUUGUCACGAGAGUAAGUAUGUUUGUAUUUUUGUUGAGCCUUUUCACAAAUGUUUCAUCUUCUCAUACACUUCUUGACACCAUUAAAUUUUUUGUUUUAAGAUUAUUCUUUUUUUGCCAUCCUCAAAUAAUGGGAUUUGUGAAGUUUCAUGUAGGUAUGGCUGUAAUCUGUACACAUUGAUAGAUAAACCAUUGUCAAAUCUAGAGCUGAAGAUGGAUACUCAAGUUGGAAAACAGAGCAUCUCCUUACGGCCUUGCACAAUUUUUUUGUAUCCAGGUUCUCACUACGUGUAACCACCCAGCGAGUUAUUCCUAGUCUUUCUUUUGUGACAAAACGGUACAGGCUGAGAAUAUUUUAAUCUUUAUAUUGUGCUAGUCCAUGUCUAGUUAAACUGUUGUUCUUUAUCAUAUGACCCGGAGUCCUUGAUUUAAUAAGUUUUCUAAAAGGUUCAAUACUGUUAGAAAAACUUCCAAAUGAUUCAUCUACAAAUAUUCUUAUAUACUUUUUUUUUAUCUUAUUUUUAUUUUUUAUUUUUUUAUUUGAGGAGUUUAUUGAUUUUUAAAAUAAAUGGAGAGUGUACAGAGGUAAAAAGUAGGGGGAAGGUACAGCACAUAUAUUUAGCAUAAAAAAGUAGUACAUACAAUGUUUAAGAUAGUUAACUUUCCACUGUGGGUUUGUCGGUAAAGCUACAACGGUGUAUGGGUCAAACAGUAGGCCUACGGUGUUAAAGUUCCCAUAUAAUUUUUUUAAUAGUGACUUCUGUAGAUAAAUCCCUUGGAAACGUCUUCUAGCCGUAUUGAAUCAUUUGGAAAGCUAAUUAAACCGAAGCAGGGUUUAUGUGGUCAAUUUUACUUGUGUUUAUUUUGCUCUAGGUCGAGUUAUUAAAUCGGCACACUUCGUUCAGCAAAAUGUAACCAUGUUAUUUCAUUUGUUUUUCUAGAUAUAAAUGAUUGUGAAAGCAACCCCUGCAAAAACAGUGGAACAUGCAUCGAUGGCGUCAACUCUUACAAAUGUAUCUGUAGUGAUGGCUGGGAAGGCACGUACUGUGAAACCAGUAAGUCCUGUCCCUUCCUGAAAGGUCAAUAUUGAGGGGCUAUAUUGGAAGAUGUUAAUAGGCUGUCCUUCACUGGUCUAACAUGCCUUUUAAAAAGGAUAGGGAGAACAGUUUGUGUAUGGUAGCUUGAUCUGUCACAAGAUACUCCUUUCGUAUCCUGUUGAUUGUAAAUUAUAAAAAUGAAAAUUAGUUUAGUUACUUCUCAUCUGGAACUGGUGGGUGAAGGCUGCAGGAUUCCGCUGCUGUUUCCUUCAUGCAAAAUCCAAAGCUAGUCUUUGAAGGUACCAAACUCUGCUGGAUUUGGAAAAGGGGAUAUCUCAGAUCCUAAGGAAAUGUUUGCUUUUAAUAUAUCCCUCCCAGAGGGUAAACUGGCAGAGAUCUAAAAUUGCUGCAGCUGAGCUGGGCACAGUGUUUCUCUGGACUUAAACUGGAUAAACUGAAAAUGGGCAAUGUAAUAGUUAUAGCUAACAAUCAAAAUUUGUAUUUUUUUUUUUUGCUUAUUGUUUUUUAGACAUCAAUAACUGCAGUAAAAAUUCUUGCCACAAUGGAGGUACUUGUCGGGACUUGGUUAAUGAUUUCUACUGCGAAUGCAAGAAUGGGUGGAAAGGAAAAACGUGCCACUCCCGUAAGUGUGUUUGUGAGUGUGUUAUACUGUGCCUUAAAUUGAAGGAUUUUAGGAAUGCAUAGUGCUCAAAACUGUCAUCUCUUCUUUACAGAAGACAGCCAGUGUGACGAAACCACGUGUAACAAUGGGGGGACAUGCUAUGACGAAGGAGACACGUUCAAAUGCAUGUGUUCUCCUGGUUGGGAGGGAACCACUUGUAACAUAGGUAAGAAUACACAACACUUGGCUUAAAAUACGUUUCAUUAAAACUGUGCAGUUUUAAAUGCGUUUUAUAUAGUUAUUGUGAUUGAUUUAUAACAUAGUUCAUUAUUGUGUGGGUUGGAUUUUUCUAUUUCUUUUUUUUUUUUUGUAUUCCUUACCCCCAGCAGUAAUAUGCAGAAAAUAAAUUAAAACCAAAAAAAACAUCCUGCUCGCUUUCAUUACUUGUCUGUUCCCUGCUCAACUUUCAUGCUUACUUUGCAAUGUUUUCCUCAUAGCAAGAAACAGCAGCUGUUUGCCAAAUCCCUGCUUCAACGGUGGAACAUGCAUAGUCCGCGGGGACUCUUUCACUUGUGUUUGCAGAGAAGGCUGGGAAGGGCCGACAUGCUCUCAAAGUAAGUUUGCUGACGGGGGUUAUCCGACGAGACAAUUCGCUCAUCAUACCACCCUGUGAUAUCUUUUAAAUUAAAACCAAAAGUCAGGAUCGUUUGAAGUUCUUUUUAGCGUCACCUGAAUCAUGUUGUGUUAUUUUUUUAAUAAAAUUAAGUAACAGGCUUGACCUAGGCAUGAGAAAGUUGCAAAUGAGAUAACAAGAGACAGAUGUUGCCCUGUGUUUUCAUAAAUUAACUCUAGCCAAAGGCUUGUCUGCUUCCACUCACUUUUUAUAUAUAUAUAUAUCUAUAUAUCUUUAUCUUCCUGUGUUCAUGUGUUUUUAAAUGCAUUUAAUUAUAGUGUGCACAUGAUUGAUUUUUGUUUAUAGAUAUGUAGAAUUCAUGGUACUCAUGCAGUGUUGUUUAAUGUGAAUGGUUUUGUUUUGUUUUCUAGAUACUAAUGACUGCAAUCCGCAUCCGUGGUAAGUACAGCUUUUGCAAAACACACACACACACACACAAACAUUUGCCUUCCUCCGUAAUCUGGAAGCAAAAUUGAACAGUGCCAAAUGGCAUCUGUCUGUGCUUUUUGUUUUUCAAUUUAAUCUGCCCACAGUACAAAGUAGGGCUGGGCAAACCGUAGAUCCCCAGAUCUUGUAGAACAGCAACUUUCAUGAAACUUUGCAAUUCUAAAUGCUGGCAAAGCAUCAUGGCAGUGUAGAUCCCCAGUUGUUUUUAAAACUACCGCUUCCAUGAUGCUUUGUGAUUAUAAAGGCAUGCAAAGUAGUGUGUGUUGUAGUUCUACAACAUCUAGGAAUCUACCUAUUGGGCACCCAUGUUCUAGAACAUCUGGGAAUCUUUCGUUUUCCCAACCCUGGUAUAAAGUGGCCCCCUGAAGUCCAAUGAAUUGUCAGAAAUGUCUUAAUAACCAGGGAUUGCCUUUGUACUGCAGGGGUUAAAUCUAAAAAUCAUAGGCCCUUAUUGAAACUGGAUUGGGUUUUUUUUUUAUCUGUAUCUGUAUCUGAAUGCUUUAUCUAUCUGGGUGUGUAAACAUUGUUAAAUGCUGUGUACAAAGAUGUACAGUAAGUGAAUGCAUUUUUUAUGUAUUGAUUUCUUCUUGUAGCUACAACAGUGGGACAUGUGUGGAUGGAGACAACUGGUACCGCUGUGAAUGUGCUCCUGGUUUUGCUGGCCCAGACUGCAGGAUUAGUAAGUAUUACAUCCUAUGUAUCUAUAAAUAAACCACAUUCUAGAAUUAGUAGACUUCAGAUUAGAUUGUUCGGAUAUGAUUUUUGUUUUGUGGAUUUUUUAAAUUUUUUUUUUUAUAUUUCAAAUGUUGGUAUAAAGCAUAGUCUAUUCAUUCAUUCCUUUAAAUUCUGUAUAUACAUAUUCCCAAGCUAAUGUAUAUGCUUGUUUAGUGAUGUUAAAAUCCAGUUACUAUGCAUGUUGCCAUAAUACCCAUUCCCAUUCAUUUUUUCUUCUUCUCUUUUUUCAAGACAUCAAUGAGUGCCAGUCUUCGCCGUGUGCUAUUGGAGCAACUUGCGUUGAUGAAAUUAAUGGUUUCCGCUGCAUCUGCCCACCAGCUCGCCUUGGUCCAAGAUGUCAAGAAGGUUAGUUUUGAUUUCCUAUGUUCGUAUAGUGACCUUUCCAUAUCAAUGUACUACUUGAUAUUCUACAGUGCUGGGUAGUUCUCCUGGUUUUGGGAUAAAUCUCUUACUUUGGCCUGUUGUGAUAAUCGUGGGCAUACUUCUGAAUACAGAUCUUCAUUCUUUUAAAAUGUUAAUAGUGCAAAGGUUCUCAAACUUCUGAUUUGCUUGUUCAGUUACAGGAAAGCCUUGCUUAACAAACGGUCAAAUCAUGCCAGACGGAGCAAAGUGGAACGAUGAUUGCAAUGCUUGCCAGUGUCUCAAUGGAAAGGUUACCUGCUCAAAGGUAUGUACAGUUUACAGAACAACUUCCUUCCUGUUAACACAGUUCAGAGAGACCUACAAAUGGCAAUAAUGCAGUUGUGGCAUCAGUUCAGAGACGCAAGGCACUUGGUAGCAUCGUUGGAGCCCUCUUAUCCAACCAAAUUAAAAUAUGACUUUCAUGUCACAUCCUGCUGAUCACUUUAGUUAUCCAUUUAGCACAACGUAAAUGAGAAGUUAUUGAAUGUUUUCUAGCUUUGUUGGUAAUUCAUAAUACGUAUUUUUGUUUCUAGGUGUGGUGUGGCCCUCAACGUUGUGAGAUGCACAGUAAAGGUAGCCACCAGUGUCCAGCUGGACAGACCUGCGUUCCCAUCAAAGGCAACCACUGCUUUGUUCCUCCCUGCACAGGCGCAGGCGAAUGCUGGCCGUCCAAUCAGCCGCCAGUUAAAACCAAGUGUAAUGCGAAUACCAGUUACCAAGACAGCAGCUGCGCCAACAUCACUUUUAGCUUUAACAAAGAAAUGAUGUCUCCCGUAAGUACAGGGAUACCGUUGGCAUAAUGUUUAGGAAACAAAAUGCAAGGGCUAUUAAAUCUAUACUAAAAUUGUUGAAAACUGACUUGUUUCUGGUCACCAAUUAGAUGCUAUUUAAUUGCAAAGCCUGCAAACUGUAUUGCUGCUCUGAUUUCAAAAUAUGUGGGAAUGUACAUUGACAGGUUAGGAUAGGGGUCGGCAAUCACCCACACUUCAGAUGUUAUGGACUACAACUCCCACAAGGCUGACAGCCAUAAUGCUGGCAGAGCAUUAGGGGAGAUGUAGUCUACAGCACCUGGAGUGCCAAUGUUGGCCUACCCCUUUGUUAGGAUAUGCCAACUGUAUUAAUCUGUUCACUGAUAUACUCAUGAUCCAGCCUCAUACCUUACAAAGUUGGCAAGUAAAUAUUAAGUGGACUGAAGCCAUGUUAAUUUAUGCCAUUUUUGGAGCAGCCUCUCUGUAGAUUUUUAAAUCUUCAGUUAUUAAAGGGACACUAUAGACACCAAAACAACUUCAACAACAGAUCAUGCUGCUGUAGUCUCACUGCUCAGUUCUCUGGGAUUUAGCAGUUAAAUCACUUUUGUUUCUGCCCAUCUGCCCUAGCCACACCUCCCCUGGCUGUGACUAGCACAUUCUGCAUGGAAAAAAGUUCAAUUUUUGAUUUAGUUAUUACCUUACUUUAGACAUUUCUCUCUUGCUCUGUAAAUUGAGGUUCUUGUAGGGUAUAGGAGGCUACUAACAAAGCAGGGUGAUAAGGAAUUCUAAAUUAAACAGAAUUUACAAUAAAGGAAGUGUAAACAUUAGAUGUUUCUUUACAUGAAGUGUUUAGGAAGCUGUGGGAGUGACAUUCAGGGAGGUGGGACUAAGGCUACAUAAACAAAGUGAUAUAACUCCUAAAUGGCAGAGAAUUGAGUAGUGAGACCGCAGGGGCACGAUCUCUACACCAACUGCUUCAUUAAACUAAAGUUGUUUUGUUGCCUAUAGCUCCAUAUAUAAAUAUAUUUGGUAGUCCAGCCCAACUUCCUGGUUUUGUGCAUCUCCCUGUCACAGGUGCCUCAUUCCUUGGCCCUAUUUAACCUUGUACUGCAGAGUGCCCAGGAGGAAGUUUUUCCUUAAUAAAUGGGUUAAUCUCAUAAGACUGGGCAAUUGGCUGUUAGAGUAGGACCUGCCAAAAAUGGGGUACAUUGAUAUUGUGGCAGGGCUAUGCAAAGCUUGAUCAUAUAUUAUAACGAAGACUCCAUUAUUUUUGACUAGAUUAGGGGUUUAAAAAAUAAUUCUGUGAGCUUUGAAGUAGCUUUUUUUUAGUGAAGGAUUCAGUGUGUUGGAUCGUGUAAUCCUGCAAAGUAAACAUUGUAAUUUCUACAAAACUGCAGUGUUUACAUUGUGGGAUUAAAACUGCAAGGCCACUCCUCCCAGACCACUGCAUUGAAAUGAAGUAGUGUGGUGAACUUAGUGGUCUUUUGUGCCAAAAUCUUAGAUAACUGCAUAUGAAAGCACUUCAGUCCUUUUUUAUAAUUUUUUUGGUCUUGAUGAAUCUUAAUAACCCAUCUAUAAAGUCAGAGCAUCAGACAUAUACAAUAUAUGUAUUUUUAUUCUCCAUUUUAUUUUAAACCGUUUUUAGUUCUGUUUUGAAUACUUUCUUACAAUGUGAUUUGACUAAUUCCAAACUGAAUUUACGGUUUGUUUCAUUAGGGUCUCACAACAGAGAGCAUUUGCAAUGAACUGAGGAAUCUUAACGUUUUGAAGAAUGUUUCCGCAGAAUAUUCCAUCUACAUUACUUGUGAGCCGUCUCCUUCGGCAAACAACGAAAUUCAUGUCGCUAUAGUAAGUAGAAUCCAUGUGUCUGUUUUUUUUUUUUGUUUUUUUUUCUGUUACAAAAAUACAAACAAACCCUGACUGUUGAACAUAACAUAAAAUGUGAUGCUGGUAUGCUGUCACAAACUGAUUUUACUGACAAAAUGCUGAACGCAGUCUUUUGGAAGCCUUUCGGCAAAGGUGUUCUUUGCAAACUAAGCACCAAGACGUCAUAUUUCCAUCGUAAAACCUGUAUUUAGACAUAUGUAAUCUAGACUGACACGUGGCACUGUAGACAAACCAGAGUCUAUUCUUUGAAAGAAUGGUUUAGGUACAUAGAGGGACUGAGUACAAAGAGGUAAGCCUACAAUGUUAUUCUUCAGAGGCCUUUAAAAUGAGGAUCCUUAAAAUAACUCGUGAACACCCAAAAGUGAAUCUUCCCAGUUAAUAAUUGAGGCGGGGGGAGGGGAGGGAGCCUAUAUAAAGCCUAAUUUAAUACUUUGCUUUGGGUAGGUUUGUCUCAGGCCAAGCUAGGUAUGACCAUAGAAUAUUUAACAUUGGCAAUUGUAACAAUUGUGUGUUUUAUUUAGUUUACAAUAUGUUUUCCCUCUUUGCAGUCUGCUGAUGACAGUCGAGAUGGCAGAAACCCAGUUAAGGAAAUUACUGAACGGAUCAUAGAACUUGUCAGUAAACGAGAUACCAACAACACUUUUCUUGCAUCUGUAGCAGAGGUCAGAGUGCAAAGAAGACAUACGAAAAACACAACGGGUGAGUGCAUAUAUGGUCUAAAGAGAAACACGGAACAUUGAAAUAUCACCUAAAUGUGAUGUAGUGGUUUAAAAUUGAAGAUCGUAUGCACGAUUUGCGAUUUUUAUUAAAAAUCUUUUUUGGAUCAAUAAUUGCUCUUCUCUAUUGCCCCACCCAAAAACAGGCAUAUUUUAAAUAGUUAAACCAAAUGGCCAUUCCUCCACCAUAACCACAACAUAACAAUCCGGGUUUAUUUUUUUGUUUUUUUUUCCCUUUCUGGUUUCCCAGACAUUGGAACACCUCCAUCUAUGAUUACACUGCUAGUUGUCAAACUAUCAUUCUCACGAUAUACUAUAUAUAGAGUAACUGCUGCAUCUUUACAGCAGAAUCCAUAAAAAAAAGUAUUUUAUUAUAAACAGGGAUGUAGCUCGACCUGCUUUAACUGCAGUCUUUUUGGAAACUCAGAAUGGUUUGACUACUACACUAUCUUGUGUAGCUACGUUUUAUUGAUUUAUUUUUGCAGAAUCACAAAUGGCACACUUCAGAUUACACACCAACAGCCCAUUUUAUAAUGGAUAGAAUGCCUGAAUUGUAUGUGACACACAGUUUCCCGUGAAAUUGAUGUAUGGGAAAUGCCAGUGUGUCUUCGCUAUGCUAUGUACAGGCUUUCAGCUGUCUAGGCAGCACAAGUCUACAUGGGGAGACUGAUUGUUUUGGGUUUCCAUACCACCAUUGUGGGAAUUUCCCCAUUGUCCUUGGAAUUGUUUUGUUGCCAUUAUGCCACCCCCCAUCUGAUUUUUAGUUAUUUAUUUAUUUUCUUUUGUAUAAAUUUAGAAAGGGAUGCGGUGUAGGCUACUAGGAUUUUUUGUUGUUUGUUUUGCUUUGUUUUUGGGGGGAUGAGGCGUGUUUGAAAAUAUUUUUUUUUUUUUUUUAAAUGAAAGAUUAUCUUUUACAUUUUCUUGAGGAAAAGCUGUAAAAUGGUCCAAAUAAGUCUAAAAUGUAAAAUUAAAUAUAAUAAACAAAGUAGGGAAAAGGUUAAGAGGGGUGGUUAGCAGAGACUGCGUUAUGUUGUAGAUGGAUAACUUGGUUGUGUGCUUGUCUCAAGCUGUCUUAUUUUCCAGAAAUAGUUAAACUAAUGUUGCAGUUUGCAAAUGUCUCUACCUUUAGAACCAUGCAUGCAUAACGUGCAUUGGUAGCAGAAUAUUUACUAAGCUGUUCAAGCUCUUUCCUUGAAAUGUACAUUUUUCUUAUCUGUAUUGACAUUCUAAGUAACGUAAAAUUACGAUGCAGGUCUUAAUAUGUUUUUGGAAAUAGUCCAUUUUCUUUUUCCCUUUUAAUAAACUUCACGUUUUGCUUAGGUUUUUUUUUUUGUUAUUUUUUUAAAAUGUUCCUCCUCCCAGCAAUAUGUCUGACCUACAGCAUAGUUCUAGUUAAUUAUCGACCAAGCAUGUUAAACCAGACCCCUGUUAGAUGGGCAACACAAACAUUCUAUAAGCCAUACGCUGAGUAUUUAUUUCAUUAUCUCUGUUGAAAACAGAAUCUGAAUGUUGACUUUUUUUUAAAGGGGAGAAUUGCAGUGCUAUAGGGGGAAAGAUACGUGUGCUGUUUAGAUUCAACAUGUAUGCCUUUCCUUUACAGAUUUUCUGGUGCCAUUGCUCAGUUCGGUAGUCACCGUGGCAUGGAUCUGCUGCCUGGUAACCGUAUUUUACUGGUGCAUCCGAAAACGCCGAAAGCAAAGUAACCACAGCCACACCGGAUCCGAGGACAACACCACCAACAACGUGCGAGAGCAGCUAAACCAAAUUAAAAAUCCCAUUGAGAAACACGCAGCGAACAGCGUCCCCAUUAAAGACUACGAAAACAAAAACUCCAAAAUUGCAAAAAUAAGGACACACAACUCUGAAGUCGAAGAGGACGACAUGGACAAGCACCAGCAGAAGCCCAGAUUUGUAAAACAGCCAGCUUACACACUAGUAGACAGAGAUGAAAAACCACCCAACAGCACUCCAACAAAACAGCCAAACUGGACAAAUAAACAGGAUAACAGAGACUUAGAAAGUGCACAGAGCUUAAACCGGAUGGAAUACAUUGUAUAG